AUGGCCCAGAACGUUACAAAAACUCAAACCUGGGCGAUUUCGACCGAACCUGUACCCGUUCCUCUGCAGAACAAGAUCGUCACUGAGUGCUAUCUUGAGAUGCUAAACCUUGGCCAUGGGGCUAACCACGCCAUCCUGCGGGUUGUUUUCAAGCACCCACAAGUAAAAGCAUCUCCGCGCGCACCUGCUAAUACUUUGGGUCUGGUAAUAAAUCUCGAGAUAAAUGGACGAUUAGCACCGCCCUCGGUUCCUGGUGAUGUUGUUGUUAGAACUCAUGCGCACACGGGUACGCAUCAGAGGGCCGUUCGCUCCAUUCCCCUACCUGUCAGAGGCAAGAAGAGAGUGAGACACUUUCUUGCGGGGAUAAAAACUGCUCACUUACUUCCGUGUUUCUUUGAUUAUAUCGACCCCGAUGCUGUCGGAUGCAGAGACUUUAUGUCGCAGUACAUAUACCACCUGGAUCAGCAAAAAGUUCUGAAACUUCCAGCCAAUGCAGCAGACACUGUUUACGAUCCUUUCAACUACCGGUAUACGGCAGGUGGAGUUGCAGACCCCCAUCAGCCACCUCGUGCCUUAUUUGGUCAUCACAAAUUUGACCAUGUGAUAAUCAUGGCGGUAAACCUCGCCCCUUGA